UCAUAACUGUACUCUCUCAAAUAAGUCCAAACCAAAAUCAAAUCGCCUUUUUUUUUUUCUUCUUCUUCAAUCUCUCUCCCUCGCUUCGAUUUCAAUUUCGUAAUCUCUUUAUCAUCUCUCUAAACCCACUCACGCACGUCGGAGAGAAGAGAGUUUCUCUUAGUCUCUGCUGAUUUUUUGUUCUCUUAAUCCAGGGAGAAAAAAAACCAAUAGAUCGAUUCUGGAUAUUCAGUGGAGCUAAAAGGGAAGUUUGAGAUUAAAAGGACAGGUCCUGUUUGGUCACAGUUAAAGAUUGAGUUUCUUUGAUUGAUUAUAUUUUGUUGAAGAAACUGGUGGAAAAAAAAGAGAUGAAAAAGCAUAGGCUUAGAGAAGCCUUGCAGUCUUUCUUUGAGCCUCAUUUUGAUCAUGAGAAAGGUGAAAUGCUUAAACGAACUAAAACUGAAAUAGAUGAAAAGGUGACGAAAAUCUUGGGAAUAGUUGAGAGUGGAGACAUCGUUGAGGAUGAAUCUAAAAGACAAGUGGUUGCGGAGUUAGUGAAUGAAUUCUACAACGAAUACCAGUCUCUGUAUCGCCAGUACGAUGAUCUAACUGGAGAGAUUAGGAAUAAGGUCAAUGGGAAAGGAGAGACCUCCUCCUCCUCAAGCUCAGACUCGGAUUCUGACCAUUCUUCUAAGAGGAAGACCAAGAGAAAUGGAAAAGGAAAAGUAGAGUCGGUAACAGGUGCCUUGAAGCAACAAAUCGAGACUGUAAAUCUUGAAAUUGCUGAUCCGAAAGGGAAGUUGACGACGACUAUUGAAGAAAAAGAAGCAGCAGAUUCUGAGCUUGAAGUAGCUUUGAUGAAGUUAAAAGAAUCAGAAGAGAUUAUCAAUAAGUUGAAACUUGAAACUGAGAAGUUAGAGGACGCAAAGACAACAGCUCUGAGUUAUAACAGGGAACUUCAUCAGAAACUGGACGAUGCUGGCAAAACAGAAAAUGAUCUGAAGCAGAAGUUAGAAGAUGUUAAAAGAGAGAGAGAUGAACUGAAAACUGAGAGAGACAAUGGUAAUAAAAGAUUUCAAGAAGCUGAAAAAGUUGCAGAAGAUCGGGAAGCAACGAGUGAUCAGCUCAAAGAUGAAGCUUCUAAUUUCGAGCAGCAGCUAGAAGCAUCAGAGCAGCGAGUUUCGGAGCUGACCAGUGGUAUGAAUAGUGCAGAGGAAGUGAAUAAAUCCUCAGAACAGCGGGUCUCAGAUUUGAGUGUUAGUCUGAAGGAUGCAGAGGAAGAAAACAAAGCUAUCUCCUCAAAAAAUUUGGAAACUAUGGAAAAGCUUGAACAAGCGCAGAACACGAUAAAAGAACUCAGGGAGGAACUGGGAGCAUUGAAAGGCCAACACAAAGAGAAAGAGUGUGAGCUUUCUAGUGUGGUGGGGGUACAUGAGGCAUAUCAGAGAGAUUCAACGAGUCGAGUGGAAGAAUUAGUUGCAGUAGUGCAAUCAGCAGAUAAAAAGGUUGCAGAUAUGAAGCAGAGUCUGGACAAUACAGAGAAAGAGAAAAAACUGUUAUCUCAGAGAAUCCCAGAAAUCUCUAAUGAGAUUCAAGAGGCAAAAAAAAGCACACAAGAACUCAUGUCUGAGUCUGAACAGUUGAAAGAGAGCCACGGUGUGAAAGAGAGGGAACUUUCUUGCUUGAGGGGCAUUCACGAGACUCAUCAAAGAGAAUCAUCCACUCGUUUGAGUGAAUUAGAAACUCAACUGAAAUCAUCAGAACAACGGGCUGUAGAUCUGAGUACGAGUCUGCAUGCUGCAGAGAAAGAAAACAAGUCCAUAUCCUCGAAGAUCUUGGAAACUACGGAUGAGCUCAAACAGGCCCAAAGCAAGGUACAGGAACUUUUGACUGAAUUGGCAGAGUCUAAAGAUACACACAUACAAAAAGAGAGUGAGCUUUCUAGUUUGGUGGAGGUACAUGAGGCCCAUAAGAGAGAUUCCUCAAGUCAGGUUAAAGAAUUAGAAGCACGGGUGGAAUCAGCAGAGAAACUGGUUGAAGAAUUGAACCAGAGGCUGAACAGUUCAGAGGAAGAGAAGAAAUUGUUAUCUCAGCGAAUUUCAGAAAUGUCUACUGAGAUCAAGCGGGCGGAGAGCACCAUUCAAGAACUCAUGUCCGAGUCCGAACAAUUAAAAAGGAGCUACACUGAGAAAGACAAUGAACUUUUCAGCUUGAGGAAUAUCCAUGAGAAUCAUCAGAGAGAAUCGUCAACUCAGUUGAGAGAUUUAGAAGCGCAACUUAAAUCAUCUGAACAGGGGGUUUCGGAAUUGAGUGAAAGUCUGAAGGCUGCAGAAGAAGAAAGCAAAACUAUGUCAAUGAAAAUCUCAAAAACCUCAGAUGAGCUUGAACAGGCACAGAUCAUGGUAAAGGAACUCACAGCUGAUUCGAGCAAACUGAAAGAACAGCUCGCUGAGAAAGAAGGCGAACUUUUACUUCUGCCAGAGAAGGACAGAAAAUCACAGGUGCAAAUAAAAGAACUAGAAGCAACAGCAGUGACUCUGGAGCGGGAACUAGAGUCAGCUCGUUCCCGUAUUAUAGAUCUUGAGAAAGAUAUUGGAAGCAAGACCACCGCAGUUGAGCAAUUGGAAGCACUAAACAGAGAAAUGGUUGCUAACCGCGAUCCUCUCCACAGCUCAGAGAAUUCGCUAUUGGGAAUAAAGACGCAGCAGGCGAGUGUUAACGUAUUGGAUACGGAUUUGAGUAUCCCGGAACUGGUUAUGGGAGUUAUGGAAACUGACCCGGCUAUGGAAAUUGGCGGUUUUAAAGUAUACAAGGGGACUCGUGAUAACCGCGAUGUAGCUAUUAAGAAGAUACCCCUGUCAAAGCUUGCGUUUAAGAUUGCCAAAAAUGAAAGGACGAUCCACCAUGCCUGUGAAAACGAAUCGAGAAACAUCGUCAGGUUAUAUGGUGUUGACGUGUUAGAAGGUUUCAUCUAUAUUUGCUUUCAGCCCUGGGAGUGCACUCUAGGAGACUUAGUCAAAUUCUGUUCAAGAGGAGAAAGCGAAUCUCUGUAUAAGAACCAGGAAGUCUUCCUGAAGAAGUUUAAGCAUAAGAAUGUGUUGUGGGAUAGUAGACGUCCUUCGAGUUUGCUUUGUAAACUUAUCAGAGAAGCAGUAAUUGGUGUUUCAGAUUUACAUGGAUACGGUAUAGUGCACAGAAACAUCAAUGAGAGUAGCUUUUUUAUAAUCUCCAAGGGAGAAAAUGUUACAUUAAAGCUAGGAGAUUUGAGCAUGGGAAAGCUUGACCAGGACAGUGAAGCUUUGGAGAAACAGAUUCGGUAUGCACCAGAGCAAACACAAAAGAAGAAUAAAGUUGAAGGCUUGACAAACGAUAUCUUCUUCCUUGGAUGUGUAGUUGGUUAUUCCAUCUCUGGUGGCCAACACAUAUUCAAGGAUGAAUUUGAUGGCUCGACCAACCUUGAUCCCAUGUACAACGAACCUGCAAUGAAUAUAGUUAGAAAAUCAUCUGAAGGAUACUAUUUGGUGAAGAAUCUGAUUAAAAGACCUCAUACAGAGCGUCUUACUGCGGAAAGUAUGCUGACGCAACCAUUUUUCUGGUCUAAUACAAAGAAGGUGGCUUUCUAUGAGAGGGCAAGUGAGCGCUUUAUGGGAACUGUAAACAACGCUUUCUGGAAGUCAGUUUACAAGAGUAAAGCAAUCGUUAUGGGAGUCGACGAUUGGCAUAUUAGACUGCAUCAAAACUUGAGAACCGCGGCGAACAAGGUAAACUCCAAGCGGAAAGAUUACCAGACUCAUCAUUUCACUGAUUUGGUAAGAUUUGUGAGGAAUACUCUUGCGCAUGUCGGUACCAACCAUCCAGAUGUUGAGACAGUAGUCGGAGAUACUAUAGAUUCAGUACUUGAGUAUUUCGCAAAUAUGUAUCCGGAUCUACUGGUGGAAGUGCACAAGAUCGUCUUCAACAACUUCAGGAAGGAAAAGAAUUUCGUAUUCUACUUCACUGACAAAGGCACCGCAUGACUAAGGCUUUCUGCAUGGAAUUUGGGAUACUUUCUUUAAUUCUCCGAGAUCUGUAUUUUGGCCUAUGCUUCUCCAUUAUUGGAUUAGAACUACUUUUUUUUUUUUCUCUUCAUCAAGCAGAUGUUGGUUUAUUCGAUGAAACUCCAUUGAUUUCAGUUCAAGUUAUUUGGAUCUUUUAACUUGCUUUGAUCAAUUUAGGCGAUUUGAUAUUUUACCCUAAGCCGAAUUGGGUUAAUGAACAAUGCAAGUCCCUAGUACACAAAAGAGGAUGUUUGUGAUGUUGCAGGUUGAUAGUUUUCUCGCUGAAUCUACUCAUCACCAACUCUGCAACAAGGUAAAGUCAUUAGAGAUGUUGGCCUUAUUUCUCAGUCUCUUAUUAACAACAUGUGCUUAUGGUUGACAACACUAGACUGAAACCAAACAACUGGAGCUUCAGUCUUCAGAUCGAAGUCUUUCCAUAUUCUGUCUUCUACAUUUUCUUUGAGCAAUAUCUGGAAAAUAGCUUUGACCAACCUCAGCCAUAGCAAUCGGUGCUAUAUUUCUUGUUUGCUUAUAAAUCACUUCCAGUGCCUGAAGUUCAGCCAUCAUUGUCCUUGUAUUGGUGAUGAUACUCUCAGAUCUCAUGGUACAUUCUUUGGGUUUUGUUUCAUGCGGUUCUGGAUACUAAUAGUCUCUGUUGUGAAUUUGUUAAUGUCAAUUGGGAUUACUGUAGAAUUCUGUGUGCGCAUAUGACAUGCUUUCCUGGUAAAAAGAAGCCAUUUCUCUUUGUAACCUUACCCCAAACACUAAACCGUUCUGGAAUCUAUAGCCAUGUAGUAUCAGAAACAAUUGGCAAUUAUGGUUGGGAGGAAUUAAGGAUGCAGAACAAGCCAAUGUCGCUUUUCAACCUUCUGAGGAUCUAGUCUUGAAAAUAACCUGCAACUGCUUCAAAUGCAGAGGAGUAGUGGGAACUGGGAACAGAGAACAAAGGGGCAAGAGAGGCACUUGGAACCAUGGGAGCUUCAGUCUUCAGUGGGACCACACUCACGAAACUUGUUGGAGUGAUUGUGCUUUGCUUCGCAAGAUCUGAGAUGAGAUAUUUGUGUGGGAUCAUACUGACAAAACUUGUCGGAGUGAUCGUGCUUUGCUGCGCAAGAUCGGAGAUGAGAUAUAUGUGGUUAGAAAACACACCCAAAUGCAUUGCCUUGUGCAAGUUCUUGGUCCCUUGCUUGAUUUUGAUACAAAUGGAUAUGUAUUGGUCCAGACAUGUGUAUUACUUCCAAAUGUACUUGGCUUUGGUUAUAAUUGGCAUCUUGCAUGGGCUAGUUUCCUUA